AUGUGCUCAGCUGCAGAAGACAAGGAGGUAGUUUCAGUAUUAGAAGACUGGGGAGGGCAGGAACUCGAUGGACUUUCACCUUGCAUGGUCGAUACACAGGGGAUGAAAGAUCCACUUUUGGACUCCGAUUCCAAUAUUUUCUAUAUGAAUGUGGAGCCUAACAUCACUUCGGACAAAAUAUUGGUAACAGAUUCUAUCCUACCAGUUGAUAUGCCACAAUCUUCUAAUGUUGAUGCAGUUAUUGUUGAACCUUAUGUUGGAAUGGAAUUUGAAUCAUUUAAAAGAGUUGAACAUUUUUAUACAUUAUUUGCUAAAGCAAAGGGGUUUGGGAUCCGUAUUCGCUCUAGUAAAAAAAAUUACGGACUUUUUGUAUGUUGUAAGCACGGUGAAAAUAGCAAGAAAGGCUGUAACAUGGGAGAUGCUAAGAAAAAGUCUUCAACUAUUCGCUCGGGAUGUAAAGCAUCACUUUCUGUGACAAAGGAAAAGAAUCGAGACAUAUGGGUUAUCAAAUCUUUUGACAACAAUCAUAAUCAUAUCAUGGCUAGUCCUAAGAGUGUGUCUUAUUUGAGGUGUCAUAAAAAAAUGAAUGGUGCUGCAAGAAGACUUGUUGAACAGUUUAAUGAAGAAGGUUUGCCUACCGGAAAGGUUGCUGCAAUGUUUAAUGGCAGCGAUUUAGCUUUUUCUAAUCGGGAUUGUUGGAAUCAUUUGAGAAAUCUUCGAAGGAAGAAUUUGGAUGUUGGAGAUGCAUUAGCUGUUUUUAAUUACUGCAAACAAAAGCAAGCUCAAAAUUCUGAUUUUUUCUAUUCAAUACAAUGUGAUGCUGAUGAUAGAAUGAUAAACUUCUUUUGGGUGGAUGCUAGAUCAAGGUACGCUUAUCAACAGUUUGGAGAUGUAAUUACUUUUGAUACCACAUAUAGAACCAACAAAUAUAGCAUGCCGUUUGCCCCAUUUACUGGAUUAAACCAUCAUCUUCAAUCAAUUUUAUUUGGUUGUGCCUUAUUACAAGAUGAAACCGAGAAAUCUUUUACAUGGUUAUUUGAAACUUGGCUUGAGGCAAUGAAUGGAAAAAAGCCAGUUUCUAUAAUAACUGAUCAAGAUUUAGCUAUUGGAGCUGCUGUGGCCAAGGUAUUUCCAGAAACUCGUCAUCGUUUGUGCUUGUGGCACAUUAGAAAGAAGUUUCCUGAAAAGCUUGCACACAUAUAUCACAAGAAUUCUACAUUCAAGCGUGAGCUGAAAAGGUGUAUUCGAGAAUCACCAACCAUCAAAGAAUUUGAAAAUGAAUGGAAAAAUAUAAUGGUUACAUACGAUUUGCAGAAAAAUGUAUGGCUUCAAAGAUUAUUUGAAAUUAGAGAGUCGUGGAUACCGGUAUAUAAUAGAAGCAUAUUUUUUGCCGGUAUGAAUACUACGCAAAGAAGUGAGAGCAUCAAUUCUUUUUUUGACUCCUUUGUUAAUGCAACCACAACACUGCGAGACUUUGUAGUAAAAUUUGAGAAGGCAAUCAACAACCGCUAUGAGGCUGAAAAAAGAGAGGACUUUGAGUCCAGACAUAAAUCACGCAGUUUGAGUAUUGGCUCAAAAAUUGAAGAGCACGCUGCGUCAAUCUAUACCAGAAAUGUGUUUCGUAAGUUUCAGAAUGAGCUUAUUAGAGUCAACCAUUUUAUAAAGGAGAAGAUUGAGAAAAAUGGUUCACAAUGUAAGUAUCAAAUUUCUAAUUGUUUCGAUACUCGGGAUAACUUCAUUGUUGAUAUAAAUUUAGAGUCAAAGGAUGCUUCAUGUGGCUGUCAACUUUUUGAAUUUAUGGGAAUCAUAUGUAGACACAUAUUGGUAAUCUUUCAAGCAAAAAAUAUUAUUCAAAUUCCUAGCCACUAUAUCAUGCAACGUUGGACUAAAGAAGCCAAUAAAUGCAUUGAGGCAGACGAUAUUGAUAUCUCAAAUCAUGAUUCAGACAUUUUGAGAAGUUUGCAUGUGCAACGUCAAUUUAGCAGACUUUCUGAUUUGGCUAAAAGAUCAGAAUAUGCGUACAAGUAUAUUGUGACAGAACUUGAUCGUAUUUAUGACGUGGCCAGCACUAUGAAGACAAAAAUGCUUGAUGUCAAUGAAGCUCCUAUAGAGUCUAGUCAGCAAAAUUUGAUAUGUGACAUAGCAUAUGAUGAUUCAAAUUUCAAUAUCAAGGAUCCAUACAUAUCACAAACAAAAGGUAGAAAAAGGAAGGAUUCUGACAAAUAG